GUUGGGUAGCGCUCGCACCCGCUCCCGUACCAGUGCCGUGCUCGCGCCCGAGCUUAGCGCGGGACUGGAGCGCGCACGCUCCGCUUGGUGGAACGUCCUCUUUUGAGGUGCUGCGGGCUUUUGGGCCGCGCUGGGCUGUUAAUUUUGCUAGAAAUAUCAUGGAAGUCCUCCGUCCACAGCUUAUAAGAAUUGAAGGACGCAUUUAUAGGAAGAAUUUUAUACAAGAACAGACCUAUCAGCAUGAAGAUGAAGAUGACGAUUUCUAUGGAGAGCCCAUGGAAUGUUCAGAAGAGCUUGGUGACUCCUAUGUGGUUGAGCAGACAGAGAGAGGUUUCCAGUGUGCAGUGUCAGUCCCUAGUCUGCUGUUCAAAUAUAUAAUUGGGAAGAAAGGUGAGACCAGAAAGAAACUGGAAAUGGAAACUCGAACUUCUAUUAAUAUUCCUAAGCCUGGAGUAGAAGGAGAAAUUGUAAUCACAGGUCAGCAACGAGGUGGUGUCAUUUCAGCAAAAACUCGAAUUGAUGUCCUUGUAGAGAGUUUCCGAAGAAAACAGCCUUUCACUCACUUCCUCUCUUUUUCCCUCAACCAACCUGAUGUUCAGGAGGGGUUCUUGAAGUUUCAGGAGAAAGUCUUGGAAAAGUGCUCAAUGGAUCGUGGGGUCAGCAGUUGCCUUUUCCAAAAUCCAGCAAAAUUGCAUCUAACUAUUGGAACUCUAGUGCUUCUUAAUGAUCAAGAGAUCCAGUGGGCAUGUGAACUCCUGCAGCAGUGUAAAGAAGAUUUUAUUAACAAAAUUGCUGGAGGUAAAGCUCUGUUAGCAGAGAUGUUGGGCAUAGAAUACAUGAAUGAUGAUCCUAGCAUGAUGGAUGUUCUUUAUGCUAAAGUCCACAUGAAGGAUGGCUCUGACCGGCUGCAGGUGAUAGCUGAUCAGCUGGUGGAACGAUUUGUGUCAUCUGGACUGAUGAUGAAGGAAUGGGACAAAGUGAAACUCCAUGCUACAGUCAUGAAUACUCUAUUCAGGAAAGAUCCCACUGCCGAAGACAGGAACAAUGCCCCAGCAAGCAAAUCUGGCCCUCGGGAAAGAGAAUCAUUUGAUGGCCGAAACAUAUUAAAGCUUUUUGAAAACUUCAGCUUUGGGGAUCUGUACCUCAAUUCGAUUCACAUCUCUCAGAGGUUUUCCACAGACAGCUCUGGAUACUAUGCUUCCUCCGGGCAAGUUGACUUUUCCUGAGAACUUUGUUUUACUCACUCCCUUGUAUCUAAUGGAACUGCAGUCAAUGUGGCGGCUUUUAUUUAUCUCUCUGGACAACAACAGCAAAAACAUUGGUGAUAUCAGCAGGACUGUGCAAAGUUCCCUGGGAGGAUGCAAGUGCUAGAACCUGCUCACUUCUUGCCGCAGACCAGCAGAGGGAGGAGUGUUCCCAGCUCUGACUUUGUCCCACCCAAUCUUUUCUCUUUAUGCAGGUGUACUGCCUGUUAAUUUGUUUUUCUCUUUCACCCUUUCCCCCAUGUCAAGUCCCUUUCCUCUUGUCUGUUGGGAACUCAGAAGUAUAGGGAUUAUAUAUGAGAUAGAUGAUCAAGGCCUUCUCCAAAAUCUUCACAUAAUUUCCCUUUUCUCACUUCUCCCUCUUAGCCCCAAAGUUCAACCACUUAUUUUUUAAUAAGGUUACUUACGCAUGAGGAAUGCUUUUAGAGUUGUAUAAUAAUGUAAUUCUUUAGCUCAUUUGUGAAUAAAUUAAUUCCCAAAA